CCUUUUUACUAUGACUCUUCCCAUCCCACAUUGUUCCUCAAAGGCCCCUCUACCAUAAGGAUUUCAAAAAAUUGCCCCCCCAACCCCCAAAUACCCGCUGACACUCGUAACCCACCGACCCACCCACCACCAUCACCAGCUCGCAAAAGCUGCCACGCAGCUGGCUGGGAAAGGAAAGGGAGAGGGCUCCUCCGGGAGGGGGAAGCGAGAAGGGUGGCGUCUCUAGGGAUUUAACCUCCUACCCUCAGUUACAUGACGCCACCCACUCCCACCAAAGACUGGGAAGGCGCCUCCAUUUUUGUUUUGGGGCGGAAGGGCAGGGGCUUGCGGAUAGCAGGGGUCAAAGGAAACGGUGAUUAUCACCUGUGAGAAGGAAGAGGGUGCUGUCCUCCCUGCGUCCCUUUCCUUCAGUCUGCACCCCUUGCAAAGCCCCCUAGCUUCUCAGGGUCUCCCCCCCUUGUUGCUAAGGCCCGGACCGUCAUCCCAGCAACAGCCUCAGUCAUGUGACCGGCAAUGGCGGCGCUGACGAGAGUCCUGGUAAGCUGAGUGUGGAAAUAGAGGGAUUUCUGCUGCCAUCGCCUUCCAUGGGCUUUCCAGGUCGUACAACCUACAAGUAGGGAGCAGGGAAAGAGAGAGUGAGCCUGCAUGCCAAUUCUAAGCUCUUCAAGAUCAAAUGUCGUUCGUCCUGUCCAGAAUGGCAGCCUGUGGAGGCACCUGCAAGAAUAAAGUGACUGUCUCCAAGCCUGUGUGGGACUUCCUGAGCAAGGAGACCCCAGCCCGGCUGGCCCGGCUUCGGGAGGAACACCGUGUGUCCAUCCUCAUAGAUGGCGAGACUUCUGACAUCUAUGUUCUGCAGCUUUCCCCACAGGGCCCUCCCCCGGCCCCUCCCAAUGGGCUCUAUCUGGCCCGGAAGGCUCUCAAGGGGCUGCUAAAAGAGGCAGAAAAAGAGCUGAAGAAAGCUCAGAGGCAGGGGGAGCUUAUGGGCUGCCUGGCUUUGGGGGGUGGAGGGGAGCACCCUGAGCUGCACCGCCCAGGCCCACCCCCUCUCCGAGCAGCCCCGCUCCUGCCCCCAGGGGCACGGGGGCUCCCUCCUCCUCCUCCUCCCCUGCCCCCUCCUCUUCCUCCCCGCCUUCGUGAGGAGGCAGAAGAACAGGAGAGCACCUGCCCCAUCUGUCUGGGGGAGAUCCAGAACGCCAAGACAUUGGAGAAGUGCCGGCAUUCAUUCUGCGAGGGCUGCAUCACCCGGGCCCUGCAGGUGAAAAAGGCCUGCCCCAUGUGUGGCCGCUUCUACGGGCAGCUGGUGGGCAACCAGCCCCAGAAUGGGCGGAUGCUGGUCUCUAAGGAUGCCACCCUCCUGCUGCCCAGCUAUGAGAAGUAUGGCACUAUUGUCAUCCAGUACGUCUUCCCGCCCGGUGUCCAGGGGGCUGAACACCCAAACCCAGGAGUUCGGUAUCCUGGCACCACACGGGUGGCCUACCUCCCGGACUGCCCUGAGGGCAACAAGGUGCUGACCCUGUUCCGAAAGGCAUUUGACCAGCGUCUCACCUUCACUAUUGGCACAUCCAUGACCACAGGGAGACCGAAUGUCAUCACCUGGAACGACAUCCACCACAAGACCAGCUGCACAGGGGGACCCCAGCUGUUUGGGUACCCGGAUCCUACCUACCUGACCCGAGUACAAGAGGAACUGAGAGCCAAGGGUAUCACAGAUGACUGAAGGACAUCCCCUUUGCCAAGGCCCCUGCUGUCCUCCUCUACUAGGACCCAAUGGAAGCCUCUGUUCUCCUCUCUGCCCCCUGCCCCCCACACCACACAAGUAGGGGACCUGUCUGACUGGGGAGAGAGUUCAGAGGGGGAGGGGGCAAUCCCUUCCCCUGUCCCCCACUGGCCAAGUGUUACAGUGCAGCGUGAGCCACUCCCUUCUGGCAGAGGCUGAUCUCCAAGGCUCUGCUCCCUGCUCCCCAUGUACAUACUCCUGGUUUCCCCAGCCCCUCCAUUGCCCUUGGCUUUUUCUGGUAUGUGCUGUGUUCCAGUAACUAAGCUGAGAAAGGACCUGGGUGGAGAGGGCAGGGUCUCUUGAACCACCCCACCCCACCCCACCCACAUAUUGCUCCACUGCUGAGCUCUACUGCUGAACUUGGGUGCAGGGAAGGAGGAAUUGGGCUAAUGUGAGCCCUCCCCUCCUUGGAGCCAGCUGUGUGUGUUCAUCAGAUACAAUUCUCUUACCUUGACCUUGUCCUUUCUCUCCUGUGUCUCAGUCUGUCAGUCUCUCUGUCUUUCUCCUGCUCUUCUCUGCCCCCUAUAAGGAGCCUCCUUACCCUGUUCUGGAAUCGCUGCCAGACUGUAGCUUUUAAUUUAAUAAAAAUAAAGUAAAAUAUGCAACUCUU